AUGGCUGAGGCUAUGGUGGUGAUGCUGCGAGGGGGUCUCCUGCCCCAGGCGGGCCAGCUGCCUGCCCUCCAGGCUGUCCGCUAUGGCUCCAAGGCUGUUACCCGCCACCGUCGUGUGAUGCACUUUCAGCGACAGAAGGUGAUGGCUGUGACUGACUAUAUCCCCCAGACACCAGCCGUCACCCCAACAUGUCUGCCAUCUCCUCCCGGCCCCCACAGGCAGGAGGGGGGCCUCAUCAGGCUUCUCCGCCAGGAGGUAGCGGCAGUUUUCCAGGACAACCCAAUGAUAGCUGCCUGCCAGAAGGUGGCUCUGAGCGCAGAGGACAAGCUUCUUAUGCCACACCAGCUGCGGAAACGCAAGAUCCUGAUGAAGGUCUUCCCCAACCAGGCCAAGCCCUUCCUGGAGGAUUCCAAGUGCCAAAAUCUGCUGCCCCUUUUUGUGGGGCACAACGUGCUGCUGGUCAGUGAAGAACCCAGGGUCAAAGAGAUGGUCCGGAUCUUAAGGACUGUGCCAUUCCUGCCGCUGCUGGGUCGCUGCAUCGAUGACACCAUCCUCAGCAGGCAGGGCUUUCUCAACUACUCCAACCUCCCCAGCCUGCCCUUGGCACAGGGGGAGCUUGUACUAGGCCUCAUCCGCCUCACCGCCCAGACCCACUCCCUGCUCCAGCACCAGCCCCUCCAGCUGACCACCCUGUUGGACCAGUACAUCAGACAGCAACGCGAGAAGGAUUCUGUUGUGUCAACCAAUGGAAAGCCAGAUCCUCCUGACCCUGUUCCGGACUCGUACCCAGCCUGUUUAGCCAGCUCUGCCCAUAAAUACACUCUGACUGGCUGUGCUGUCCACCAUGGGAGAUGUGGAAGAACUGGGGGUGGGGGAGUGCGUUUGUCACUGGGCUUUACUAACAAUGAUUUUGUCAGGUAUAGGGUCACUCGGAGAUGCAGAGGAUUCCAUUUCAAAUGGAGGCUGUCAGUCACUGGUUUUGUCCUUAGUUUUCCUCACUCGGGACCCAAUAGGAACAAAGGUCCAAGGCAGAGAGGCUGA